AUGGCUCCCAGUAACACUCUCAUGAUCCACAUGGAGGAGAAACUGCUGCCAAAAGAAAAGAAUAAACUGAGGAAGCCGGUGGUGGAGAAAAUGCGCCGUGACCGGAUUAACAGCAGCAUCGAGCAGCUGAAACUGCUCCUGGAGAAGGAGUUUCAGAGACACCAGCCCAACUCCAAGCUGGAGAAGGCCGACAUCCUGGAAGUGGCUGUCAGCUACCUGAAGCAGCAGAGCCAGCUGCAGGACCAAACGUUCAUUCACAAGAAUCUAGAGCAGGACUUUAACAGUGGAUACCUGCGGUGCCUCAAGGAAGCUAUGCAUUUUCUGUCCUACUAUGAACCCAAGAAGGAAACCCAGGUGCAGCUCAUCAAGCAUUUCUGCAAAGCCCAGAUGGGUGCAGAUGUCAUGUACUCUCCUGCUCUGCGCAGUCCACCUCUGUCCCCCGGCCUGUUUGCCAGAAAGCAACCUGCCCAGAAGACUGCGGCUGCUGCUCCUACCAUCUGGAGACCCUGGUAG